AAAUUUUCAGAAAGUUGAACAAAGGAAAAUAUUUCCUUGCACUGAAAGAUUGCGGGAAUUUGUAGAGACUCGUCGUUUUCUCUCAUUCUCCAAACGUUGUGUUUAAAUUAUAAAUAGAAUUAGAGGGUUGUCUGUACGCGCCAAAUAUAGCCCAUUAUUAUUAGGAAUGGCCCAUUAUUGAUCAUAAGGUUUAGCCCAUUAUGUGUGUAUCUGAUAGGCCCAAUAAAUCAAGACUGUUGAUUAAAAAGAAAAAAGAAAAAACAAAUGUCGUCUCUAAAACCUCUUUCUUUCCUUCCUAAAACCCCAAAAUCCACCGUUUGCUCUGACCCUUUCGAUCUAUACUGAUGAGAGGGAAUUCGGAAAUGGAAUCAAUGUUAGGGUUUAACGAGAACUUGCAGGACGACGUCGUAGAAGACAAGAAGCUGGUCCCAUGGAUGAGCUGGGACGAGUGGAAGUUUGUCAGGGGUUCCCUUUUCUCUUCAUCCCCUAAUGCCGUCGCCUCUGCCCUCAAACGAAUAUCCACGUGGCGAAGCAGAGGAUGCAUCCCUGUGGCCGUUGAAGUAACUGCGUCCAUUAUUGAGAUUCAGCAGCAAGAUCCUUACUUCAUGAAUGAAUUGAAUGAUGGCUGUUCUGAAUCAGAGGAAAUGCUCUCCAUGUUAUAUUGUAUGGCUAUUGUGAGGCAAGUGAUUCUUUUUUCCUUCUCUGAUUUUUCUUUCUUAUGGGCUUUAUGCAUAACAAUUUGAACUGUUAUCCUCAAUCCUUAUUUUUCCUUUAUACUUCCUCAAGGCUUGUAAAUGGCAUGGUGGAGAAAACUCGGAAAAAGAAUGAAAUUUCAAUUGGGGAAGCAGCUGAUGCCUUCGGUAUUCCAAGAAUAGUUAUUGACGUUCGUCAUGAGGGUUCCCAUCGUGAUCUUCCUUCUCUUCAACUGGUCCGUAUUGCAUCAAUUAAGGCACUUGACUGGUUGGUAUGGUAUUAUUGGGAACCUCAAGAAAAAGCUAUUCCUACUCAAAACAAACUUAAUGCCAAUCUCAGGAAAGAAAUCAAGCGCAAAUUACGUGAAGUUGCUCUCUGUCUGAAAGGGAAACAAAUAGCAAAAUCCUCAUACGUAAAAGGGAAACGUAUAAGACUCACAGAACAUUUGUGUGGUCGUAGUAAAUUUCUUUUUCUUACAUCUGGAAAGUCAUCACAUUCUAACUCCACAGGUUCUAAGAAGCAUCUCGCCAAAUCAUUAAAAAAUAUCCUCCGACUGUAUUCUUCAUAUUCUUCAGAAGUAGUUUAUAUUCUAUUGGAAUACUUGCUAAAUGCAUUGGACACAUUCAAAUCUGACCACUUGGAGGAUUCAGGUAUUAUAAGCAAUGCUGAAGAUACGCAAACUGCGUUUGAUGACUGGAAAUCUGUCGUGUUGAAAUUGUCCAGAAAAGAACCAGAAUUUCUUGUGACGCUUACACAGGUUAUUCUUGAGAAGAUGGAGAGCAACGAAACCACAGAUCAAAUAACAGAUGAACAUCAAACUCCCAAAAAUUCCACAAAAGCUCGGAAAAUCGAGUUACUCUCACAUUUAUUAUCUUGGGUUAUCGGAAACCUAAAGACACUAAAACUGGUUAACCACAAAGAAUCUUCGGAUAGCGAAAAAUCCAAGACUGAGAAAAAAGUACCCAUGGAAACUGUACACUCCUUGCUACGUAAAUGUCUCUUAAUAUCCUCUUUUGGAAACAAACAACUCAUGAAAUCAGCCCUUACUCUCUCACACCUUACUGGAAACAUCUCUCUACUCGAAAAACUCAAAAAGCUUGCUUUACUCGAGCAGCUGCCGAAUUUGGAAACAAACUCGGUGGACUAUUCUAAUGAAACCCUGAUUUCCGAACAAGAAAAUUGUUUUCGUCAAGCUGCUGAGGACUUUGAGUUCAUGAAACAACAGAUGAAGGGAAAAUAUGGAGGGUUAGAUGAGUCUGAGGCUGGAGUCAAGAGAAAAUGGACUGUGGCAAAAUCGUGGAAUUCAUGUCCUAUUGGGAUGUUGCCUUCUAAAAUUGGGUUUUCUGGCCAGCUUCCGGUUUUGGACUGUGCUGAUGAAGUUGGGGAAGAAGAAAAAGAGAUGAUAUCAGGUGGUGAAGAGGAUUACAAAACGUCUCUUGGUAAAAGAGAAGCUGAUAUGGGUGUCGAGAAAAUGGAUUAUCGACCGAAUAAGAAGUUGGAGAUUGAAGGUUAUAAUGUCAUGCAAAAUGAGGAAUAUAUGAGUGGAGAAGGUUUGAAAGGCUGUUUGAUGAUUGAAGGGAUUUGGAGGAAAGUUGGAGAUGAAGAGUUGUUUGCCAUUUCUUCAGCUGUGAAAUUAUUGGUUUGAUAAUUUUUUAUUUUUUGUUUCUUUCUUAUACUGUGAACACUUUCAACAGUUUUUCAUACAUCCAACUGAAUACAUGGAUGAGACAAUCAUUUAGUCAAGGCACAUGAUCCUUAUAAAACAUAAAUCAUGUUUUUGCUGGCGGGUUUUACAAUCUUGAAAUACUCAUAUUUGCUUUAAUUAAAAUUAAUGCACCUUAAUUUGAAGCACUGAAAUGCAAUUUAUCACCUACAAAACUAGUCAAC